UCUGUGCCUGUGAUAAUGGCUGACAGAAAAGGAGGGAUGGAGUCCUCUGUGCCAAUGAUAAUGGCUGACAAAAAGGCUAGUGCUUUUCAUAUCAGACGGACAGGGAAAAAUAUUUGGAAGAAACCAGAUAGAGACUUUUCGAAGAUACCAUUUCCAAUGGUAAGAAGCCCGCUGGAGUUCAUCAAGGAUCACAUCCUGAAGCUGGAGCCAACAAGCACACAGAGGUGGAAGAAGAGCAAGAAGACCGGCUCCGAGCCGAUACAAGUGAGAGAAGAGAUACGCAAAGGGCCAUGGACAGAGCAGGAGGACCUGCAACUGGUAUGCACUGUCCGAUUGUUCGGUGAACGUCGUUGGGAUUUCAUUGCCAAAGUAUCAGGCCUUAAUCGCACAGGCAAGAGCUGCCGCCUCCGGUGGGUCAACUACCUCCACCCUGGCCUCAAGCGUGGGCGCAUGUCUCCGCAUGAAGAGCGCCUCAUCCUUGAGCUCCAUGCUCGGUGGGGAAACAGGUGGUCCAGGAUAGCAAGGCGUCUGCCAGGACGUACUGACAAUGAGAUCAAGAACUACUGGAGGACACAUAUGAGGAAGAAAGCACAGGAGAGGAAGAGUAACAUGUCACCCUCAUCAUCCUCGUCUUCACUGACAUACCAAUCUUGCCACCCAGAGACCCCGUCAAUGAUCAUUGGAAUUGAGGAGCAGGAACUUCAUGGCGGCAGUGGCUGCAUCACAAGCAUCAUGAAAAGCACCCCUGUUGACAUGGAUGGUUAUCCCAUGGAUCAGAUAUGGAUGGAAAUUGAGGCACCAAAUGUGCUCCCAGGGCCAUGUUUUGAUGAAGCAAAGGAUAGUGCAUCCAAUAGCCUAUCUGGUCCUCUAUUGCCAUAUCCUAUGUGGGAUUACUAUUGCCCAGAAACAUGCUUGAGGAUGGAUGAUGAGAUCAAGGUAGCACCACAAUUUGGUUAUGGUAAAGGGGUGGGCCCAUGUUAUUGAAGCAAUAUAUUGAACUAGGUUACCCAAGUUAAUUAUCCACCUAGCAGAAGUGAAGUGCUUUUGUAGAAGAAUCAUUAGCAUGGAUCUAAAUAUUUACAGCUAUGUAACAUUGCAAGUGUGCUCAUGUUUCAUGUAUCUAGCUAGUGUGCAAGAUAGCUUUUGCCACUUGGUCCUUGAUGUAUGCAAUGCAAGUGGGCAAGGCACUCUGUAUUCACAAUACAACCAGCUAUCUCCUUAGCGACUUUUCUAUCAAUCAAGUUUAAUAUAAUAUUGUUAUUAUAUUUCAACA